GUUGUUUUAUUAAAUAAAAAAAAUAAAAGUAAUAAACUUUGAUGAUGAUCAGUUGGUAAUUGGGGCAGUCUCUCAUUUAAUGGGUAGUCUUCCCUCUUUCCCUAAGCAAAAUCCAAUUAAAAACAGAGAGCAAAAAAAAUAAACCAAAAUUAAAAAAGAAAAAAAACAAUUCUAGUGAGAGAAAAACUUAGAGAGAGAAAACAGAUGGGAUUGGGGGUUUCAAGGGGGGAAACAUGCCCAACUUGAACCCAGCAGCUCUCAUCUUUGCUUCCCUUCUUCAGAUCCCAAAGCUCAGUGUUGGGUGACCGCUUCCGGCCGUUUUCGUGUUUUCUUUGUUUUGGAGAUAAACUGAUAGAUAACCAGCUGCAGAACUGUGCAGAAAAUCUACACUCACUCAGAAUUCAUACAGGGUGCAUAACUUAUCCAAAUGUCCAACUUAUACGUCAAUUUUCCUCCACACUGGAAUUCAAACAACCAGCAUAUUUCUGAAUCUGUGUCAAAGGGCUUGAGCUUGAAAGUGGAUUCACCACCUCAACUUCAUCUUAAUGGAAUGUCGUUAGGCUUUCAUUUACACGAUGAUGACUCGCCUUCAAGUCAAUCAACUCAGUCUAACCAUGAUUUGACUGCUAAUGCCGGAACCAAUUCUCAGGAUCAAUGCAUGUCAUCUGAAUCUGGCCAAGAAGUCAGUUGUGGGCAGAACCUAGGUCAAAUGAAGCCAGUUUAUCUAAUGGGUCAUCCAGAAACUGCUUAUGGUACCGGUCAAAUCGAUUACAGUCAUGCAAUGGGAUGCAUGCCGUACCCUUAUGGUGAUCCCUACUAUAAUGGGCUAAUGACUGCAUAUGGACCAACACCAAUUAUUCAGCCCCAUAUGAUGGGUAUGACAACUACAAGAGUCCCAUUACCUCUUGAUAUAUCUGAAGAUGAACCCAUUUUUGUCAAUGCGAAACAAUACCAUGGCAUUCUCAGAAGGCGACAGUCAAGAGCAAAGAUGGAAGCCCAAAACAAGCUCAUCAAAGCUCGGAAGCCUUAUCUUCAUGAAUCGAGGCAUCUUCAUGCCCUAAACAGGGUCAGAGGAACAGGUGGUCGUUUCCUCAGCACAAAGAAGCAGCAACAACAAUCUUCUAACUCAACUUCUGCAACAAAUGAGAACUACUCAAUCUCGAGUUCUUCUAAUGCAUUUGCCCGUAAUGGUAAUAACAACAUGGUGUUUGAACCCCAUCAUCAAUCACAACAAUGCAUGGCAACUGGUAGCUCAAACAAUGGCUUCUUCCAGCAGCAAGAUAGUAGUGGGUUUUUGGGCAUCUCUUCUUCGCAACACAAUGGUGGGUUUAUUACCAACAACCCGAACCAGCAUCAGGCUCCGGUGGUCCGGUGAUGUUCGGGUGGGUCAACCCAACAGAUCGCGGACUAGGCAACUCAUCCUUGGCUUUAAACACUUAAAAUAUUAUUAUUAUUAUUAUUAUUAUUAUUCUUGCUUGUAUUAAGCUUCCUGGCUUGUUUUUAUUAUGCUAUGAAAGAACUAUUCGGCUGUGUAUUUAAAAAUAUCGAUAUGUUCUUAAAAGUAUCGGUAUGUUAUGUUAUCCAGAAUUUAUUUGAAAUGGACGAUCGUUUGACAUUCUUGUAGUGUCAAAGUAAUGAAAUCCCUUAUUUUGAA